GACCUGGGCGGGGCGGACCGGCGCUGGGCAGCCGGCACAGCCGCGGCAGCCUGGUCCGCAGGGCAGCAGCCGGCCUCUCCCAUUGCAGCCCACCCGCCCGCCUACCGGUCCGGCGCGAUGGCGGGGAGUAGCUCGCUGGAGGCGGUGCGGAGGAAGAUCCGGAGCCUGCAGGAGCAGGCGGACGCCGCAGAGGAGCGCGCGGGCACCCUGCAGCGCGAGUUGGACCACGAGAGGAAGCUGAGGGAGACCGCUGAAGCCGAUGUAGCUUCUCUGAACAGACGCAUCCAGCUCGUUGAGGAAGAGUUGGAUCGUGCCCAGGAGCGUCUGGCAACAGCUUUGCAGAAGCUGGAGGAAGCUGAGAAGGCAGCGGAUGAGAGUGAGAGAGGCAUGAAAGUCAUUGAGAGUCGAGCCCAAAAGGAUGAAGAAAAAAUGGAAAUUCAGGAGAUCCAACUGAAAGAGGCCAAGCACAUUGCUGAAGAUGCCGACCGCAAAUAUGAAGAGGUGGCCCGUAAGCUGGUCAUCAUUGAGAGUGACCUGGAACGUGCAGAGGAGCGGGCUGAGCUCUCAGAAGGCCAAGUCCGACAGCUGGAAGAACAAUUAAGAAUAAUGGAUCAGACCUUGAAAGCAUUAAUGGCUGCAGAGGAUAAGUACUCACAGAAGGAAGACAAAUAUGAGGAAGAGAUCAAGGUCCUUUCCGACAAGCUGAAGGAGGCUGAGACUCGGGCUGAGUUUGCGGAGAGGUCAGUAACUAAAUUGGAGAAAAGCAUUGAUGACUUAGAAGACGAGCUGUACGCUCAGAAACUGAAGUACAAAGCCAUCAGCGAGGAGCUGGACCACGCUCUCAACGAUAUGACUUCCAUGUAAACGUGCAUCCACUCUGCCUGCUUACACCCUGCCCUCAUGCUAAUGUAAUAAACUCACCACCAUCCCUUCCUUGCUCCCUGAUCUCCAUCUUUGCACUCUUGUGUUCAACCUUUUUGUCAUAACCUAGAAUAGUUACUGUUUUUUCACUUUCUACUAAUAUAAAGGCCAACUAGAUUAAGAGUCUAUACAAACUGUUUUCUUUUCAGAAUCCUUUUAUUUUGUAAGUGCUAAACUAGAGCAGUGAACUAGAAUGAGUGACCUUGAGCACUAUCCUUUUGGGAAAUUAAGCUAAACUCAAGUAAAACUAGACGGCCAUGCCGUUUUUUGUACAGGAACGUCUCAAGAAAUAUCAAAAAUUUGUUUUCCUGAGAUUCAACUAAGUACAACAAAAUCAUUUUCAUAAAAUAAAUAUAAAUUGAGGGAACCCUUAAAGUGUCAGGUUAUUGAGAAUCUGAGGAUAAGGAAAUUGGCAUGAUCCAGUACAGCCCUAACAGUGGUACUAUAAAAGAUCAUCUCUUUUACUUUUAAGAAUUCUAGAGUAGGCCAGGCACAGUGGCUCACGCCUGUAAUCCCAGCACUUUGGGAGGCCGAGGCGGGCAAAUAACGAGGUCAGGAAACUGAAACCAUCCUGACUAACAUGGUGAAACCCCGUCUCUACUAAAAAUACAAAAAAAAUUAGCCCGGUGUGGUGGCAGCACCUGUAGUCCCAGCUACUCGGUAGGCUGAGGCAGGAGAAUGGCGGGAUCCCUGGAGGCGGAGCUGGCAGUGAGCUGAGAUCAUGCCACUGCACUCCAGCCUGGGGGACAGAGCGAGACUUCGUCUCAAAAAAAGAAAAGAAAAAGAAUUCUAGAGUAAAAAGAACCCUCUGCUGAGUAACCGAGCCUUUAAUUUUCUGUUUUCAUAAAAAGAAUUAAAAUACCCAUGAUAAAUACUUACCACAACCUGUGUCAAAGAAAUGAGAAAUUCAACACAGAUUGUAUAAUGUGAGCCUGGGCGUUAAUGGCCCAGAUUUUACUGUUAGGCAGUAAGAGUUGGAGUAGGUAGUCUUGUUAUCAUGAGAAGGACCUUCAACAGAUACAACUAAUUUACGUAUUACUAACCAAACUUCAAUAUUAAACUUUUCCUACUACUUUAAAUUCUAACCUGGAAUGUUUUAGAGUUCUUCAUUCUAAUAUCACCCUAAAUUCCACUGAAGCUGGAAAUGUCAUUUUCCAAGCCCACCUGUCAUUCAUUUAUCCAUGCAGGAAAAAUGAUAACUUGAAGACUAUGGCAUGUGCCUGUGGCCUUAGACGUUAUAGAAUCCCCACACUCAACAAAAAAGCCCCUAGAGACAUGACUGUUGCCAUGGAAACCAGAGAGCAGUCUAUCUUCUCAUCCCUCAUUUGUAAAUGAGGGGGAGGAGCAGAUCAUCCGUCUCUAAGGUCUUUUCCAGUACUAAAAUGUGGUGAUUCUUUGGGAAAAACUUUUUGCAUCAAGUAUGAUUAAAUAUUCUGAAAGAUGAGUGUAGCUUAAAAUUUGUUUUUAAAUUCUGUUCAUGGGUUUUCUUAAAAUGGACCCUUGCUGAAAGGCGGCCUGUGACGGCCUCAGGUGGGACGUCCUUCCAAGGGUGUGGCUGGCAGUGGGUUUUGCAUGACUGCUGCUUGUCUGUGUUUCAGGUGCUGUCAUCUAUUGGUUUGGUUUUCUUUUUUCUUUUUUCUUUUUUUUUUUUCUCAUUGCGCCACUUUUUUUUCCCUCCCACCUUUUUAUCUUCACGCAGAUAAGUUUCUUUGCUUCACUUCUCCCAAGACUCCCUCGUCGAGCUGGAUGUCCCACCUCUCUGAGCUCUGCAUUUGUCUGUUCUCCAGGUGACCCUGGUUCUCUCUCUUAGCAUCCUGCCUUAGAGCCAGGCACACACUGUGCUUUCUAUUGUACAGAAGCUCUUCGUUUCAGUGUCAAAUAAACACUGUGUAAGCUAUUUCUGUUUGCUAUUCUUUUUACUUCUAUUUAUUGACAUUUUAGUUUCAACAUUGAAUAAAACUACAAAGCUGCUUCACACAUAUGAGGGUUAGUGUUUGGCUGCUGCUUUCUUUUUCUUUUUAAAUUCUGAACACUAUACAGAAUUAUAUCAGGAGUUUCUAAAGCAAUGGUUCCUUGUUGAACUUUAAAAAAAUACCCAAGCCUGCAUCCCUCUGUUUUUCAAAGGUUAGAAUGAGGUCUGGACAUCUGUGGGGGUUUUGGGAGAAUUGUGAUGGCUCUGCUUUGGAGUCUGGGACACACAGGGGACAUUGCUUGUUGAGAGUUGAAAGGUCUGGCUUGAUCAGUGUCUUCCUUUGCUGGAGGUUUAGCUCAGGAUGUAGUGACCCCUCUAUGUUGAUGUUUCGGUGGCCCUGCUUGGGAGGACCUGGCUAACUAAUCAGAGGCUCGUGGUGAAUGGUUCUGUAGCUGUCCUAUAUUACUAGGAAGUUAUAAAUUGAGAAGGCUGAAAAAGAAUUUAGAUUCAAACAAUGUAAGUUUUGGUUAUUGUCAAAGAAAAGUUCAAGCUUUUUUGAAGUAUAUUCAUGACUCAGCCACUUUUAUUUUGAUCAUGAAAAUGACACCUUAGGUUUUCUAAAUAUGAUUACUCUGGUCAGUUGUGAUUUGUGAUUUUUAGCACAUACUCUUUUGGAGGGAUUGUUCAUAGUCUUUGUGUUCAAUGGCUGUGUUUUCAUUUGUGGACAUUUUAAAAAUAUAGCAAUGAAAGUUUCUUUUUUUUCUUCCCAAAAAGAUAGUUGGUGGAAAUUGUUCAGAAGACAAUUGUAUUUCAUUUGGGCUUCUGUUUUAUUUCACAAACAGCAAUUAACUGAUUUUUUUAAAAAAUACAUUGUAAACAUUAGAACUUUAACUUAUAUGGACUUUAGUGUCAUAAUCCCCAACAUUUCUCCUUCCUCAACAAUCUAGCUAUAUAUUUCUCCUGGUUUUCUUUUUUAACAUGGAUGAUCUGCAUGUUUUGUAUAUAGUUUUUGUAGCCCGAGAGGGCUGAUACACCACCAUACUGAAAUAAAUUUGGACAAACUCAGAAGAUAGUGUCAUUCUCACUCUACAGAGACUUCAAAGCAUAGAGGAAAUCCUUUUUUAAAAGAAAGCUGAGAAUUAAAGUAUUGUGGUCGUAGUAUGGUGGACUUUUAGAAUCUGGACAGUGUCUCUCCCUUGAGUGUAUAAAGACUUCUAUGAUUUCAUGUUUUUCUUUUCUUAAGGCUCCUUGGGCCUGCUUCUAUGAUUCCUUCCUUGUUCUUUCUUAAAUUCAGAAUAAGAGAAGAGUACCCUUCUCUGAGUAAAUCCUGCUUCCUGACGUAGACAAAAUGCCAAGUCUGAAAGUUCUGCUGAGCAGAUGUUCAUGUAAUUGUGGAGGCACAUCUGGUUUUUGGCAGUCCUUCCAGAGACUUUCACACUUUCUAUCAGUACACUCUACAAGGGGAAGUGGGGCACUAAUGGACUGGGAGGGCAGGUCAGGAGUAGCCCAAGGUGUGCACGUGCAAGAGGAAAACAGCAAGUCAAGUUUAUCAAGAAAUUGUUGGAGCCCAGGCUUCUGGUUCAAAGGGCCAGGUCAUAGCUACAGCUGCUCCAGUGGAGGCCAAACCAAAAGUAUCACUGAGUUUGGGCACCUGAAGCUUCAGACAGCUGGAAGUCUCCAUAGAACGGUAGGGAAAACACUUCCAAGGAUAUGAGCAUGUCUUGUGCCUGCCUUUCGGCCACCCAUGCGCACCAGCUCCACAGCAGCUGAAGCAGAGCAGGUCCAGAGGAGGCCGUCGGAGGGACCGCUGUCCUUCCUGCUGAGUUCAUACUGACCCUCUGGGUUCUCCAGAUUUUCAGCAAAGUUCUUCCAUUCUAGCCUGGCCAAACAUUUGGGCUCAGCAAACUGAAACAUGCUCCCUACCCAUGGCGACAGUUCCCUGUGUCCGUAGUGUGAAUGUAGUCAUGGGAUUUAUGUCUUUCAACCCCCAAGCAUAUGUCACUUGCAAAACACCGUGGGAAGCAGUGGGGGUGUGGUAAAGAGCUGGGUUGGAAAGGCUCUUUGCCCUCCAUGAGCUGGCCAUCUGGUGGGGAGAUAAAGAAGUGAAGCGAGUCCGAACUCAUAGGCAUGUGCGUUUGGAGCCAACAAGGAAGAGAGAACUGUUCUGACUGGGAGCUCCCUGGAGGAGGUAGCUGACAUUUGACUGGGGUCUUGCGUAUUCAGAAAAUGUGGAUGAGUGAGGAGGACAGAGCAGCAGAUAUUCCAAGCGAGAAAACAUAACAAGCAUAGCAUCCUCCCAUGUCCUACCGUUUAUGAGAGAAUGUUAAUGUGAGAACUGCUCAAUCUCCCGACAGACCUGGGGGCUGCAGGCACAUUUUCCCCAGGGGUAGGACUGUUAGCUUUUCAAGAUCAUGAAGUAUUUCUAGGUCCAAGUUGUCACCAGCAUUCAAAGCCACCCUGCGUCCUCCGGCUGUUGCCAGUGCAUAGCAGGCUCUUGCUUGUCAUAGCGUGGGUGUCCCCUGGAUCAUCAAAUACAGACUGACUCCUGCAGUUGUUUUCCCCUGGAAGCAGAUCACAUGUCAGUAUGUAAAAUGUAUAUCAUGCUGGUCUUCAUGUAGGUGUUGCAAGGUCUGUUCAUUUUAUACCCAUCCAUUAGCACCACACAUGAAUGCCAUCCUCUUCAAAAAGUAAGCAGAUAGGGCCGGGCAGGGUGGUGGCUCACGCCUGUAAUCCCAGCACUUUGGGAGGCUGAGGCGGGUGGAUCACGAGGUCAGGAGAUCGAGAUCAUCCUGCCUAACAUGGUGAAACCCCAUCUCUACUAAAAAAUACAAAAAAAAUUAGCCGGGCGAGGUGGUGAGCGCCUGCAGUCCCAGCUACUAGGGAGGCUGAGGCAGGAGAAUGGCGUGAACCUGGGAGCCGAGGUUGCGCCACCGCAUCCAGUCCGGGUGACAGAGCGAGACUUUGUCUCAGAAAAAAAAAAAAAAAAAAAAGCAGCAGAUAAAUUCUAAAUCAGUGUUGAGCGGUGACAAGUGCUUGUUCUUUUGCUGUUUGAAUGGGUAACACUAUCAAAGCUAGAUGAGAGUCAGAAUGUGUACCCUGUAUCGUGGUGACUGGGGGAAGGACAGGGACUUAAUUCCAAAUUUCAAAAAAUUUCAGUGCAGCAAAAGCAGUAACCCCCAGUUGGUACUACCUGAGAGGAAAGCCUGCCCUGUGAAUGGAGGAGAAAGGGGUUCUGGAAGAGGUGGGCAGCACUGGGCAGGUCAAGGUUUCACCUAAGUUCAACACAGCCCUAGCAAGGGGUGGAUGUCGCACUGGGCUCACCUCCAGCCAGGCCUCCAUUCCCAAAUCUGUUGCCAGCUCACAAAGUGUAUGGCUCAGCUCACAAAGUGGUCUAGUGAGGUAUAAGAGGAACGUGCACUUUUCCUCCUCCUCUUAUCAUGUUGCUCCUCCUCCCCUCCUUUCCCCACCAAGAGAGAAAUUCUGACCUUUCCUAAGUCUACCAAGCUUUUUAGGAUCUACCCUUCCUGAAUACAGGACAGGUGACUCUGGGGUAAGAGUAAACUGCUCAGCAAGUGACCAGUUGCUGUCCUGCUUGAGGUCUCUGUUCUCUCUUAACUGCCUCUCACCAAGUCUGCUAACCUCUCUUCCUUCUGCCUCUUUUCUGCUAACCUGCUUGCUGACCUGUACAGAUCAACUCUACCAGCAACUUGAGCAAAACCGCCGCCUCACUAAUGAACUAAAGCUGGCUCUGAAUGAGGAUUAAACUUAAGAGUGAAAAAACUUGGGCUGGAUUCUAGGAGUAGAGCCCAUGUGCAGAAAAUCUAAGACUGUCCUACCUUCAACUAAUAGAGUUGAAAACAGUUGCUUUCUGCAGAAAUGCAAAUACAAGGAAUUGGCUGAAAGGCUGGCCUUGCCUGCAUUUUUCUCUAUAUGGCUGGAAUAAUUACGUUCUCUUUAAUCACAAAACAGCUUUUAUGGUAAAAUACUUAUGUCAAUUCAGCACUGCUCUUUGAAAUAGCAGGUCCUUUCAUUUGAACUGAUAAAUAAUGAGGAGCCCCCCCCAAAAAAAAUGUUUUCUAUUUCCCGACAGCCAUGAGUCUUACUUUAAGUAUACAUAUAUAUGUGUGUAUAUAUCUUCCUAUUAGAUAUUCAUAUUCCUAACUUCUAAAUAUAUGGUAUAGUGUUUGAAAUAUGAUUAAAUGUUCCUAUGCUUGGGCAAAAUAGCUUUUGAAAACAGGAACUCAUGCCAGAAGCUCCUGGUUGUCUGAAAGGUAUGCUUUACUCAGUCUAAUGGUGCUGUUGGAGUCUGGGGAGAAUGUCAUGCUAAUAAACACUAUAAAAAUAUUAAGAGAAUGUCCUAAUGAAGUGUGCAUGAAACAUGUUGAUAAUUUUUUAUGAGCAACAGAAAUAAAUCGUUUUAAAAGUUCUCAGAAAACCUAUUUAUGUCAUCUUUGUUUUUGUGAGUUUGUGUUACCGCACAACUCCUAGACUUUUAACUGCCUGUACCUCAGAAAUGUCUGCUGUUUGUAACUUCUCCAGUCUGUAUAACAGUGCUGCACCUGUAUUUGGUUUUUUACCUCUCCCUAUUCCCACGGCACACAGUCAGUGAACCUUCAGCAAACCCCAUGUGCAUUUUAUCCUCAGUGAAUGGUUAGUGGAGCUGCACCUGACUGCUCUAUGAGAAUGCGCGCCAUGGCUCCUUUGGGUCAGAGACGUCCUCCGCCCCAUCUUAGGUUCUUGUCUAGAAAUGAGUAAUGUCUUACAAGCAUGCCUAGUUCUGAUCAUCUCAUCCUGUGUGUGUGAUUGAUGUUUGCCUGCCUAAAUGUACAAACCACCAUUGUGUCCAAAGCACAGCUAUUCAUGACUUAAUUUUCUAAUCCCACCACAGAGAAAGUGGCUCAUGCCAAAGAAGAAAACCUUAGUAUGCAUCAGAUGCUGGAUCAGACUUUACUGGAGUUAAACAACAUGUGAAAACCUCCUUAGCUGCGACCACAUUCUUUCAUUUUGUUUUUGUUUUGUUUUGUUUUUAAACACCUGCUUACCCCUUAAAUGCAUUUUUAUUUACUUUUACCACUGUCACAGAAACAUCCACGAAAUACCAGCUAGGUCAGAGGGUGGAGAAAACACACACAAAAAGGCAAGCCCAUGUCAGGGCGAUCAUGGUUUAAAUGUGCCAUCCCGGGUUGAUGUUGCCACACUUUGUAGAGAGUUUAGCAACACCGUAUGCUUAGUCAGUGUAGGAAUCCUCACCAAAGCAGAAGAAGUUCCAUUCAAAGUGCCAAUGAUAGAGUCAACAGGAAGAUGAAUGUUGGAAACACAAUCAGGUGUGGAUUGGUGCUACUUUAAACAAAAGGUCCCCCUGUGGUCCUUUGUUCAACAUUGUACAAUGUAGAACUCUGUCCAACACUAAUUUAUUUUGUCUUGAGUUUUACUACAAGAUGAGACUAUGGAUCCCGCAUGCCUGAAUUCACUAAAGCCAAGGAUCUGUAAGCCACGCUGCUCUUCCAAGACUUCUAUUCCUUUCUGAUUGGCACACGUGCAGCUCAUGACAAUCUGUAGGAUAACAAUCAAUGUGGAUUUCCUCUGUUUUCAGUUCUUCAUGUUAAAGUGAAAGAUUUACACACUACAUCCAAUUGGUAAAGGACAUUUUCUUGAGAGUUAUAACUAUAUGUAAACAUUGUAUAAUGACAUGGAAUAAAAUGCACAUUGUAGGACAUUUUCUAAA